AUGGCUCAAGUUAUUGGACUCCUGUUGGGCGCCAUUACCAUGAUUCCUAUGCUCGAAUCGUUCAUCCCCGACAAAACCGCCCAAACGACCACCAUUCGUAUCGGUGCUGGAACAUCUACAGACAGUAAAGCUAGUACAUCUGGCAACACCCCCGGGGUCCGAUUGUUUGACGUGGUAGGCCGAUCUAUCGCACAAAAACCUGGAAGCAGCAAUAGAAUCGCCGAUGGGAGUUUCUCAGAUAUCAAGCUUGUGGCACCUGAUAGUGUUGGUGGGCGUCAAGGACAAUACUUAUCGGUUGUGUCGGGUGGUAAUGAUGCGUUGUGUAUUUCAUACAUCGCCGUCACUUGGCCAGAUGGAGGUCAGCAGACAUGGACGGGAGACAUUGGAUUUCAAUGUGGCGGAGAUUGGUAUGAAUCGCAGACGAUUAUGGAUCUAUCGACCGACUACAUUCCAAAGUGUAUGUGGAUUGACAGCGAUGGCAGUAAUGGUAUCAAGUCGAAAGGAAUGGGUAUACAUAUUACUGAUUCUACGCCUUCCGACGAUCGCGCAGCUCAAUAUCAGAAACAUCCGCCGAACGGCAUGCCAUACUUCGACCCUCCACUUCAAUACACAACUGGUCUUACAGACAUGGACAGAUCAAAGGUAGUCGGUGUUCAAGGCAGCAAAACAUGCACGAACAAAAAGGUGCGUCGAGGUGGUACUCAGGCUGUUUCCGCAAGACGACUUGAACUUCCCAGUAUCAAUAACACUACAAGUGUCAACAAUAUCGGCAAUAAAUUAAGUUCAUUUCUGGGGAAAUUGAUCACCAGCAACAGCACAUCGCAUAGUGCGAUUCGACUCUGUGAUUCCGAAACAUCUCUGGGGCCAGACUUUGUCGCGCAUCACGAGAACACGUACUGCGAUAUGAUGAACAAGCAGAGCUAUCCUCUCUGCGGUCGCGACAACUCUACCACUACGACGGACUGUUUUGAUAUUAUGAGCAAGACAUUGGUGCCGUCUGAAGGCUUAAAAAGAAGAGAUACUCCCUUACCCACAAAGAAGUAUCAUACCGUUACUCAUUGA